AUGCAGGAACAUAAAGAAUCUGCAACCUUAUUUCACAAUAAUGAGUCGUACCGUUCUUGGAAGUCUGAUAACAAUUUGACAAUUCUGAUGAGUAGUGACCUGAGUGAUUGCCCAUCUAUUGACCCUCCUGGCACUCAACACCUGACGAUAGACUUUACGCCAGAUGAACAACGUGACAACGACUUUGUGCAGAACAAAUGCUGUGAUUUUUGGGACUUCAUUCACAGUAUACCUGAAAUACAGCAUUUGAUGGUUAUGCCGGAAAUAAUUGAAACUCCCGUCCCUUCUGUCCCCACAGAAGAUAUACCUGAGACUGUUGUGAACGUCGUAGAAGAGGACAGUAGUAAGGUAGAAUCAAAAGAGAGAAAUGCCUUGUCUAUGCUCGAGUUCGCCAAACAGAAAGGUCUUAUAAAUCGCACAUUUGAAGUGAAGAUGCCUCGGUCUCAGUGCACGCUCGGUUCCAGGGAGUACAAAGAUUUUGGAAAUGGCACGCAGAGUAAAAUAAAGACAGAACAAUGCUAUUCCUGUUUACAAAAACCUAGUGGUUCCACCUCUUCUCUCGUGGUGUGUCCUUGUGAGGACGGCAAGCCUACAUCAUUAAAAACACUCGUCCAGAGCAUGCAAGAUUGGGACGCAAAACAUCCAAAGUCCAUGAAGCCCCCCUCUCAUCCUGCACGGCUGCAGCACUGCAUACAGCAAAGAAACACGAUCACUGACUUGGAAAGUUAA